UCAAAUCGCACCAGUGAUCGCCAUGGGUGCCAAGCUCUUGCAAGCUUCAGUUCCCAACGCUUCAGCCCACAACGCCUCAAGGCCUUCAAUACCCACUCCCCAUUUUGUCUCCCACACCAUUUUCAACACACCCAACAAUUUUUUCCGAUCAAAUCCCGGAAGAAAACGGCACUUUCCUCUCCAAGUUUCUUCUUCUUCUUGUGCAACCUCUCCCAUCAAAUAUUUAAGUAAGAAAAGGGUGGAUGAGAGCGAAAUCUUAACUCUGGACAGUAUAAGGCACUCUUUAAUUCGACAAGAGGAUAGCAUAAUAUUUAGCCUUCUGGAGCGGGCUCAGUACUGUUAUAAUGCAGACACGUAUGACCAUGACACCUUCUCGAUGGAAGGAUUUCGUGGUUCACUGGUUGAGUUUAUGGUCAGGGAAACUGAAAAACUCCAUGCCCAGGCGGGGAGAUACAAGAGCCCUGACGAACAUCCUUUCUUCCCAGCACACUUACCUGAGCCAAUGCUUCCUCCUUUGCAGUAUCCACAGGUUUUGCAUCCGUAUGCCGAUUCGAUUAAUAUAAACAAUAAGGUUUGGAAUAUGUACUUUAGAGAUCUCCUUCCCAGAUUAGUCAAGGCAGGACGCAACGGUAAUUGUGGAUCAGAUGCUGUUUGUGACACACUUUGUUUGCAGGCGCUUUCGAAGAGAAUCCACUAUGGGAAAUUCGUGGCAGAGGCAAAAUUCCGUCAAUCCCCUGCAGAAUACGAGGCUGCCAUUAGAGCACAAGACAGGAAUCAACUGAUGGUGUUGCUGACAUUCGAAACAGUGGAAGCAGCGAUCAAGAGGAGAGUGGAGAUGAAGACAAAACGAUACGGGCAGGAGGUUAAAAUCGACGAAGGGGAAGAUGAUGCAGCUAACCCUGUAUACCAAAUCAAGCCACAUUUAGUUGCCAGUCUCUAUGGAGAUUGGAUCAUACCUCUCACAAAGCAAGUUGAGAUUGAAUACCUCUUGAGAAGAUUGGAUUAAAGUGAAAAUCCAUGAUUUGUUUUUGUUCAAUUUAUUUAGGGUUGUGCUAUCCACACACUUAUUUUUAC